CAGAAAAAAAAAAUUGUUUAAAAAACUGAUUGCAUUGUUAAAAGAAAUUUAUUUUAUAACAUGUUAGUCGGACCAAAUAUUGAAAGUGAUUUUGGAAAAUUACCAACAACACCUUGGCAUAUGAAACAUAUACCUUUAUUACCAUCUGAUGGGGGAUUAAUUUCGCCCUCAUCAUUACCAUUACCAACGUCAACAGUUGGAGUUCCACCAAUUCUACCAAUGGCGGGUGUACCUCCAUCUGGUGCAUUUGUACACGGUACUAAUCCGACAUCAUUGCAGUUAGCUGAACAGCAUAGAAUUUUAGAAUUGUCAAAAUUCGGGCUAAGAGAUUAUAACUUAGCUCAGCAUGUUUUAAACCAACAGGGAACUGUUUCAAAAAUACUAAAUUCAUUGCGUCCAGCUGGUUUAAUAGGUGGUUCAAAACCAAAAGUAGCAACACCGGCAGUGGUUUCAAAGAUUGAACAAUAUAAAAGAGAAAAUCCUACAAUAUUUGCAUGGGAAAUAAGAGAAAGACUAAUAUCAGACGAGGUAUGUACUAAUGCAACAGCACCAUCAGUUUCAUCUAUUAAUAGAAUUUUAAGAAAUCGUGCAGCGGAAAGGGCUGCAGCUGAAUUUGCUCGGGUCACAGGUUAUGGUAUUUAUCCGCAUUCACCAUAUGGCAGCUUCAGUUGGCCACCAAAUUCCAUCUCCCCAGGACACAUGUGGCCAGCGCCUAGAAUACCUUUACCUAGUAUUUCCUCUACAGGAACAUUAAGAACAACUUCACCAGAUUCUGGCAGUAAUGACAGUUUAGGAUCACCACAUUCUGAGAGACUAAUAGAUGUCGAGGGCGAAGAUUAUGAUUCUCUGGAUGAGGAUGAUGAUGGGCAGCCAAAAUUUCGAAGAAAUCGAACAACUUUUACUCCUGAACAACUAGAAGAGCUUGAAAAAGAAUUUGAAAAAUCACAUUAUCCCUGUGUAACAGCUAGGGAGCGGCUAGCAAUGCGUACAUCAUUAAGUGAGGCUAGAGUUCAGGUUUGGUUUUCCAACAGACGAGCAAAGGAGAGACGUCAUCAGCGUGUGAAAUUAUUGAAGCAGCAGGAUCAACCAAUGGCGACUGUAACAUCAUCGCAUCCUGUGAAUCAGCAUCAAACAUCAACCCAGCAAACGGCGUCACAUUAUCAAUUGAAUCUCUCACAUCAUCUAAAUUGCGACCUGACAUCACAACAUCAAUCUAUAAACAGCACGAACCCAUCAAUAACAACGAUAAACAACAACAAUUCACUUAUCAAUCAAAAUCUAUGUUCGAAAACAGCAACGCUCUUAACGACACCAACAAUAUCAACGUCGACAACAACAACAACACCAACAACAAUAACCACAUCAUCAACUUCAGAAACAGUAGCAUUAGUAACGUCAACAGCAAUGUCAAUUCAGAAUCAACAAAUCUCACCAAUAACAGCAGAAAAAUAUUCAAAGAACACCAAUUACCUUCAAAGAUUACAUCAACAAAAUCUCCAGCAGUCUUUGCCGAAAAAUAUCACCCAUACAAAAAUGUUACAAGAGAAUACCGAAGCAACAAUAAUGCAACAACAAUUAUUGCGGCAGACAGAAAUAUCACAUCAGCAGCAUCAAUUGCAGCAAGCCCAACAACAUCAAUCAACAAUUCAAAUACAACCAAAGAUAGCAACACAACAUCAUUUAUCAAGCACAGCAUCAAUUCCAUUAUCAAUGGGAGGUGAAAAUAGUGCUUUUAGAUCAUUAGUGCAUCCAUCAGCGGCUGCAUUUACUUUAGGGCUGUUUCGACAUUAUAUAAAUGAAACUUUAAAUAAUAGCAGUAAAGGAUAUUUAGAAAAUAAUAUUAAAAAUAAUGAUAAUGACGAUGACGAUGAUGUUGUAAAUGUUGAUGAUGAAGUUAGAGAAGAUAUUGAGUGUUAAAAUACGUAUACUAUUAUAUACCUACUUUAGGUCUUCAUACAUUCACAUAUACCUUAACAUGGAUUAUUUUUUGUUUAUAUUCCUAAUUAUCCUGUGUAUAAACUUAGUAUUUUGUUGUGCAAUUUAUGUUUUUCAUUUUUAUAUUUUGUUUAGUUUUUAGAAGUGUGUAAUUUUUAUUACUAUAUGUUAGAGAAUAGGAAAUAGAUGAUUGUAAGGUAGUAAGUAGGAGCAAAUAUAUUAAAUUUUUCCAAAACUAUAGUUAUGUUUAAGUGUAAUGUGAGAAUACUAUAUAUGUAAAAUUAUUAUAUUAAACAA